GGUUGCUGAAGCUCACCUCACUUUUUAACAACACUCUGCACUGGAUUGUCUCCCUGGAUUAUAUUAUAAUCCCUUCGUGAGUUCUGAUGCCUGCAGGGGUGACAGUUUGGAUUAUUAUCAAGUGAUAAUGAUGCUUUCCCAGUGCUGAUUCAGGGUGUGAGCGCUGGAGGCAAAGACAGAAAGAGAGACACCUCCAGUGACACUGACUGAGUGACAGGCCAGACAUCUACACUGCAGUCCCAGGUCAACCAUCAAGAGACGAAGUGGAAACAGGCCUGGUGAUACAGACGUGCUGUUUGUAAGGAAUCUGGUCCCAAACUGAACAACUUGAUGGUUAUAAUAAGCUAAACAAAACAGACUGAAGCCAAGGCUGAGAUGGAAUUAAGACUGGGAUUUAGGAUCACCCUGGUCUUGGUCAUCCUGGCCUUGACUCUUUCCAGUGAGAAGGUGGAAGCACAAAGAGCAGGUUGUAAAAACGUCCACUAUGACUUGGCUUUUAUCCUGGAUACCUCAUCCAGUGUUGGAAAGGAGAACUUUGAGAAGAUUAGGCAAUGGGUGUCUAACCUGGUGGAGUCUUUUGAUGUAGCACCUGACAAGACAAGAGUAGCCGUGGUUCGCUACAGUGACAGACCAACCACUGAGUUCAACCUAGGCCAACACAAGACCCUGGAAGAUGUGAAGCGAGCUGCAAGCAACAUACGCUACCUGGGGGGAAAUACAAUGACUGGGGAUGCUAUCAACUACACAACCAGCAACAUCUUCACAGUGCAAAAUGGAGCGAGGCCGGUCGCCAGAGGCAUUCAGAAGGUAGCCAUUCUUCUCACAGAUGGCCGAAGCCAGGAUUAUGUUUUGGAGCCGUCUAAGAAAGCUGCCAAAGCGGACAUCAGGAUGUUUGCUGUGGGCAUAGGGGAGGCUCUGAAGGAGGAGCUGGAAGAGAUUGCAGCGGAGCCAAAGAAUGCCCAUGUUUUCCAUGUAACAGACUUCAAUGCCAUUGACAAGAUCAGGGACAGGCUGAGGAGGAGGCUGUGUGAGAAUGUCCUGUGUCCAAAUAUGAAGGUUCAACCUGAUCGGUUUAAGCCCGGCAGCACCAGUUAUGGUCUUGAAGAGGUUCCAGGAUUUGACCUGAUGGAGUAUUUCAACGUGAGAGAUAUUCUGGGAACCAGAGCUGAAGAUGGACAAAGUUCAUAUGUUCGCCUUGGCACCAUGCCUAUAGUACAAAACACAGAAGAUGUGUUUCGUCAAGGGCUGCCAGACGAAUAUGCCUUUGUGACCACAUUUAAAUUCAGGAAAACCUCGAGGCGUGAAGACUGGUACCUCUGGCAGAUUUUUGACAAAUAUGGAAUUCCACAGGUGUCCAUCCGUCUGGACGGUGAGAACAAGGCAGUGGAGUACAACGCUGUGGGCCUUACAAAAGAUGCUGUGAGGGCUGUGUUCAAAAACCCUGAAGUCGACAACCUGUUUGACCGCAACUGGCACAAGAUUGCCCUCAGUGUGGAGUCCAAGUCUGUGUCUCUGUACUUGGAUUGCAAGCACAUUGAGACGCUGCCGAUAGAAGACAGAGAGGACAUUGAUAUCCAGGGGAAGACAGUGAUUGGGAAAAGGCUGUAUGACAGUGUGCCAAUUGAUUUUGACCUCCAGAGAAUGAUGAUUUACUGCGAUUCCAAGCAUGCCGAGCUGGAAACCUGCUGUGAUCUACCUAAUGGGCCUUGCCCUAAGACGGUUGUGACAGAGGCUCCCCCUUACAAGAUCCCCACGCCAACACCUACCAGUGCUGAGCAACAACGAGGCCCUCACGUGAACUGCUCCUGCCCUGCUGGAGAAAAGGGUCGCAUGGGUGCACCCGGUGUUGCAGGUCCUAUGGGUGAAAAGGGUGACACUGGCCCUAAGGGUGCUAUCGGACCACCUGGACUCAAAGGAGAAAAAGGACAAAGUGGCAGUAUAAACUCUGUCAAAGGUGGCAGAGGUGAGAAGGGUGAUAGAGGCAGCAUAGGGUUGACAGGUCCUCCUGGACAAAAAGGAGAGAAGGGAGUUGGUGGAAUCCCAGGCAUUGAUGGUUUAAGUGGAGACAAAGGCGACACAGGUGAAGCAGGACUGGCUGGUGAUCCAGGGCUACCAGGUCCAGCUGGACUGAGGGGUGACUCGGGUACAAAAGGUGAAACGGGAACACCGGGAACCAGGGGUGAGCCAGGUCUUGAUGGAUUACCUGGAAAACCUGGCUUUCCUGGGAAGGAUGGUUUGAGAGGUCUGACUGGAGUACCUGGGCCCAACGGGGUUAAAGGUGACAAGGGGGAGAGAGGUCUUCCCGGAUUACCUGGGGAUGCGGUACAAACAGAAGGCUUACGGGGUGAGAAGGGUGAGCCUGGACCACAAGGGCCUCCAGGUGCUGAAGGACACCCAGGGCCUCCUGGUCCUCCUGGUGAACAAGGUUUACCCGGUAACCCUGGAGAAUUUGGCCAGAGGGGAAGGAAAGGUGAAGGUGGACUCCCAGGGGUGGAUGGCCUUCCUGGAUCUGCUGGUCCUCAGGGUCCACCUGGACCACCAGGAAACCAAGGAAACACUGGACCUCCUGGUCUGCCAGGUGAAAUUGGAUUUCCAGGCAAACACGGAGAGGCUGGAAAACCUGGUAUUCCUGGUAAAGAUGGCCUGGAUGGUCUUCCUGGAAGUGAUGGUGCCAUGGGGCUCAGGGGCGAGCGUGGAGCAGAUGGUUUUCCUGGCAAGCCUGGACCCAAGGGCGACGAAGGGCCUCCUGGACCAAGAGGACCUCCAGGGGAGAGAGGGGAAGCUGGUGCCCCUGGACAGCUAGGUACUGCUGGAGCACGAGGUGACCGAGGCGUGCCGGGAGAGAGAGGACAGACAGGACCAGUUGGGCCAAAAGGUGAAAAAGGCGACAAGGGUGAAGUGGGAGCUAUGGGACCGCCGGGCAUUCCGGGAAAUGUUGCAAACGUCAUUCCUGAGCCUGGUGAACCUGGGAGACCUGGAGAGAAAGGAGAGAAAGGGGAACAAGGGAAACCAGGAGAGAUGGGUCCAAGAGGACUACCUGGUGAGCAAGGUUUUAAGGGACCACCUGGACUACCGGGGCCAAAUGGUGAGACUGGACUCACUGGAGAGACCGGGCGUGUUGGAGACCCAGGUCCACCUGGCGUAGCUGGCCUUCAGGGUGCCCGUGGACUACCAGGAAGUGUGGGCAUACCGGGAAUUAUUGGGCCUCCAGGUCCAGCUGGACAAAGAGGAGACAAGGGGGAAACUGGAAAACCAGGACAACAAGGUCUCGCAGGACCACUUGGAGAGCCUGGUUUGACUGGACCUCCUGGACUACCAGGGAAGGGGAAAGAUGGACAAAAUGGAGACCCGGGGCCACAGGGAAUCCAAGGACCCCCAGGGCUGAAGGGUCAACCAGGGUCAAGAGGAGAACCUGGGUUACCAGGGGACAGGGGUCCCGCAGGAGAAGGCAAAGUAGGACAAACGGGACCUCCAGGACAAACUGGACCAUCUGGACCUGUGGGUUUGAGGGGUCCACCAGGUGUCGCUGGUCCUCAAGGCCCAGCAGGUCACAAUGGUCUGCCAGGAAGGCCAGGAGAAAAGGGCUCAGCAGGAGAGCCUGGACCUCCAGGACAAACUGGACCAUCUGGACCUGUGGGUUUGAGGGGUCCACCAGGUGUCGCUGGUCCUCAAGGCCCAGCAGGUCACAAUGGUCUGCCAGGAAGGCCAGGAGAAAAGGGCUCAGCAGGAGAGCCUGGAAAAGCCCCAGACUUUGACCCAAAGGAGUUUUGCUCAGACUGCCCUGCAGGACCACCGGGACCACCUGGACUCCCAGGAAUCCCAGGAGAUAAAGGACAACAGGGACCACCUGGGAAAAAUGGAGAAGAUGGAUACCAAGGCCCGCCAGGACUAGCCGGACCUCCAGGGGCCCCCGGAGCCGAUGGAGGAAAGGGUGUAAAAGGUGAUCGAGGACCUGCUGGAAACCCCGGAGACAAAGGGGACAAGGGUCACCCGGGGCCUCCUGGUCAUCCAGGUCCUCCUGGAUUAAUGGGUACACCUGGUAACGAUGGGUUGCCUGGGCCUGCGGGCCUCCCAGGACCCCCUGGAGAAAAGGGCAAAGAGGGUCUCAAAGGAAUCCAGGGACCACCAGGGCUUCCUGGCUUGAUAGGGCAGCCUGGCAAAAUGGGAAAAGAUGGAAGACCAGGUGAACCAGGAGAACCUGGCAAACAAGGUGAAACUGGACCCCCAGGAAACUCAGGGCUCAGGGGACUCCCUGGCUUUAAAGGCCACAGAGGAGAACCUGGAGCUCCAGGAACUAAGGGAGAAGAUGGAAAGCCGGGAUCACCUGGACGUGACGGUAAAGCUGGGAAAGAGGGUCUUCGGGGACCUCCAGGGCUAGAAGGACUUUUAGGCCCAAGAGGAGAGCCGGGCAAGCCGGGUGAACCGGGACCGUCAGGAAAAUCAGGUCUCCCCGGAACACCGGGUCUCAGGGGAGACAAGGGCGAGCCGGGAAAUCCAGGAUUACCAGGCUUCAGUGGACCUAAAGGCCCCACGGGUCCGUCCGGUCCAAUUGGCCCAGAAGGAAAACAGGGUGUGCCGGGCAGAGCUGGUGAUCGCGGUAUCAAAGGAGAGAAGGGAGAUCCAGGUACAAAGGGAGAUAAAGGGCAGUCAGGAGAGCCAGGAAUGCCGGGAAACCCUGGUCCCCCUGGCAGGAAGGGUCACACGGGGAUGAUGGGUAUGUCAGGACCACAAGGAGAAAUCGGAGCCCCAGGGCCACAAGGACCUUCAGGAAACCCUGGCCUUCCAGGGCCCAGGGGAGAGUCAGUGUCACUGGAACAGAUGAGGCGGCUCAUCCAGGAGGAGCUGGCAAAACAGCUGGAUGCCAAAUUAGCUUAUCUCGUGGCUCAGAUUCAGCCAGCACAUGUGAAAAGCACAGCGGGCCGCCCCGGACCUCCGGGCCCUCCGGGUAAAGAUGGCAGCUCUGGACGCCCUGGGCCCCCUGGAGAACCUGGGAUGCCCGGACAGAAUGGAGGAGAAGGACCCAGGGGACCCAUGGGCCCUAAGGGUGAGAAAGGAGCAACGGGAGAGAAGGGAGACCCCGGGAUUGGUGAAAGAGGAGAGAAAGGUCCUGUUGGACCCAUAGGCCCAGCAGGUAUGCCUGGUUACGGCAAAGACGGAAGCCCAGGACAAGCCGGAGCCCAAGGAGAGCCAGGAAACCCCGGCCCCCACGGUCAGCCUGGACCUCCGGGCCCUGCUGGCCAGUGCGACCCAACCCAGUGUGCCUACUAUGCCAGCCUGGCACAACGGCCCCACAACAAAAAUGUGAAGGGAACUUAAAGAAGAAGAGCGAAGCAGAGUUGGGAGACCAGCUGUAUUUAUGAACUUAAUCAAGAAUCAAGAACUUUUUUUUUUUUUGUUAACCUCAGUACAGACGGCUGAAGCCACAGGUGCUGCCGGUCAGGUUCUAUGUUUUGAUUUUGGUACGACGAUCGGGAUGGAUGGGGAUUAAGCAACGUGGGAGUUUCUUUCUGAUCUAUUAUGGGAUAAAGAGGGCAGCUAGUUUUUUUUCCCUCACUUGCAUGCUUCCUGUAAAUAUAUAGGAAGAUAACAUGGAUGGCACGGCCCCGAACAUCAGGAGUAAAGAUCCUGCUAUUCGAUAUUAUAUCAUUUCAUCAGUAAUCAUCUCAGUCGGGCGCUUCGCUGCUUGCCUCACACCGUUCUGCAUCAGCCACCCGUCACAAGUUAGCAUCAGGCAGCACGUGUCAUUCACUGCUCACUAAGUCAGUGACUGACACAGUCGCAGUAAUUACUCGGUGUCACUUUUCCGGUCAUUGAUUGGGAGAAAACGGUGGCAGACGGUGAGAUGCAAACAGCAGCACUGGGUUUUGUGUCGGAGGAGCUUCAAUCGGUUCGAGUGAUGAAUCAUUUGCAUUUCAUCCACAGCAGCAUGUAUGUUAUUAUAUCGCAUUUGUUUUUGGUGACACAGGGAUGCAAAAACAAACGGAAAAAUAAAAUGCCUUUUAGAGAAAUGCGCCUUUAAAGUAAUGCAGUUUGUUUGGUUCAUUUAGACAGGUGGGAAACAAGAUUUUAUUCUGGGAAUAAACUGAAGGCGGCAGGAAUGACCUCUUUGUCACAACCCACAAAUUAGCAUCUCUGCAAUGUCAUUUCAUGCUUUGGUGAGAUUUGAAGGAUUUCAUUCCAGAAGUCUUGUUUGUAUUUGUGCAUGUGACAUUUAAGGGUGGAUAUCUAGUUUUUUUUGUAUUUUUGUAAGGACUUCAUUUAAGUUUGCUCUUUUGACCAUGAAUAUAUGCCACGUAUUGAUUUGUUCCAGAAGAUGAGACAGCAAACAGUGUCGCUGUUAGAUUUGUGCUUUCAUGUUUAAUGAAGCGGCUCCGGUCACUCUCUCUGAGCUACACGUAGACCUGAACAGCAAACAGCUUUGAGGAGGUGGUGUAAUUGCAGCCCUUUUUCACCUUUCUUGAAAAGCGGCCUAUUCCACUCUGCUUUCCCUAAACCUGUCACUUCCUCUCUGUCUCGGUGAUGCUUAUUAAGUGCCUGACACACUGCUGUUCUUAUUUGUACCCUGAAACCUGAAACUGGAGAGCCGAUCUCUUGCAUCUUGAUGAUCGGACUGUUGUGGUGACAGUUUGAACAAUCCCUUUGUCUUAUGUCCCUCACGGACCAAUUAGAGUUCCUCCCAACCUCAGACACCUUGGUUAUCUAGAACCAAUUAAAAAUAAUGUUCAUUUUAAAAGGACAAAGAAACUCCUUCAAAUAAAGACGCAUGUGAAUGUGAGCUUGAGAGAUCUUACAGUAUGAUCUAAUGGCUGAUUAUACUUUGUCAUUAUCUCUGUCUCAGGUUACGUAACACAAGAUCAUUUAUGAAGAGAGUGAAGACAGAGCUUUGACAGCACUUAGGUUUGUGUGGUGAAGCUGACAGGAGCUUUCAGCUUGACCAAUAUUUCUGAGGCUGUUCUAGAGGCCGUUUUCAUAAACAGUUGAGUUAAAGUUAGUCUGUCAGUUUUGGAAAAUGGAAAUACAUCAUUGUCAUAUUGCAAAUAGAAAAAUGUUUACUCCACAAGCAAUCAAAUAUAGCUUCGCAAAAUGUAUUACUGCCAGAGGGGCGUUCCUAGCCUUGAAAGCUAGCAAGCAGCCAGUGUAGCUAGCCACAGAGAGAGCACGUGUUAGACAAAGCUUCCGGUCUUUGUGGGGAAAACUUGCACGAAAAUGGAAUCGUUCUUGAAAACUACCUUGCAGAUGAUUGGAUGAACCAUCUAGCACAGGCCUGUAGAUGCAAACUGUAGAUUAUAGCCAUGGUGAUGCCAAGUUUGCAAAGCCUUUGUAUCACUUUUAGAAAUAUAGCAGUGUCUUCUCAGUAACAGGCUCUGCUUUAUCUUGGUUUCUUUCUAUAAUGCAAAUUACAAUAUAUAUAUGUCAUGUGUGCAGAAGGCUGUAAACUAGAGAUUGAGACGGCACACUAACUAUUAACAUCUUAAAGCAGGUCAUGAAGUGAAUGGUAAGGCCAUUUUCUCAUAGACUUUCCUUACAACUGGACCUUUUUGCAGCCAUACGCUGACAAAGAAUCCAUGUAUAAGACACUUCCACACUGGCUUCACUUUCAGAUGUGGAAGCAAUGUUCAUUUUGAUUGGUGCAGCUACAAGCACAGAGUUUAAACCCUGGCAUGAUUGUGGAUCCUUCAAUCCAGAAGUCUGACAUAUUACCGUAGCUGUUGCAUAUGUCUGCAACAUUAAGCUAAUUAACAAUGACUUAUUUUGUUCAUGGUUCUGGCAGGAUUAGAUAUUCAGCUAGCUUGAAUUUAGCUUGCAUUAAUACCCCAAAAUGAGUCAUUCAAAACUGUAGACUAAAUAGCUAACUUAGAAAUGCUAAGCUAACCCUCUUCCUUAUUUUUGUCUCAGCUUUUACUCCACCAGUGCCUUCAGAGCAGCUCUUAUAGUUAAGAGCUUCGGUACAUGACAGCAAUUUGACGCAAUUCAAAAACAUGCAUUUUGUGUAGAAUCAACAUGACUCUAUGUGACCUGCACUUUCUACCAUUUCCAAAUGUUCCCCAUCCCAUAUUUGCCACUGAACGAUUUGUAAAUUGCAACAAACCACCUGUCUGGUGGUUUUGUAAAUGGUCGUUACAGUUACAUCAGCAGAUGUUGCAUCAGGGAUGGUGAGGGAGAGUAUUUGUAAUGCAUAGAGGCUGUAACCUGUACUGUUAUACUGCUAAAUUAAUCAGGAUUUGAUCAAAUAGAAUCAUGUUGUAAUGAAUUAACUGCAUUUUAUUAACCCUUUCCCAAAUUUCCCUGAUAAAUCGGUGCUAAGAUAUUUUAAAGUAGUAGCAUAUUGUAAGUAUUCGAACCACACCUGUACUGUACUGUAUAAUAAAGACUGGAACAGAUUCAUUUUA